CCAAUGCAAUACCACUGCCCAGUGGUCACUUUCUCUAUCAAGUCCUAUAGUAUUCUGUAUUCAUGAAUACUUUGCUUGGAUCGGUCACCAAAGUCUCCUUCCUUCGUUGACUUCCAAGUCUACAUUGAAGAAAGACGAGAAGGCCAAGACUCUGCAACUCACGCAACGAUCAUGGCCGAUGGAAUUCAGUCUUGGUCAAGUCUUCCUCCGGAACUCCUCGAGCUGAUCGGGAAAUUCCUUGAUUCUCGCAUCGAUUAUCUCCGAUUCCGCUCCGUCUGCACUUCAUGGCGAUCUUCUGUUCGUUCCUUCACAAACCGAUCUCCUCUCUUGCCAGUCAAGGUCCCUUACUCCUUCCCCGACUGCUUUCUCUCCCAGAGCACCAUCUACCGUCUGGAGCUCAUCAACCCAUCAGCAACAUCUCUUAAUUGUUCAUCUCCUCCUCAAAAGAAGAGCUGGCUGGUCCGAAUUGAAGAGUCUGAGAACGGAAAAUUGAAGCUUUUGAGUCCGCUAUUGCCUGGUAAGGUCUCACAGGAGUCGCAUCGAGCCACUCUGAACUUGCUGAACGUCAAGGCAGUUGAAUUGAACAGAGCUUGGACAAUCAAAGAUGAGUCUUUCGCUGCCCUUACAUUGGGUAUCGACAAAGUUGUGGUAUAUCCAAAUCCCACUCGACACAUUAGAGAAAACAGUGAGUUCUCAAUCCUUGCAAUCUAUGGUGGGGGAAAGCUUGGUUUUUGGAAAAUGGGUGAUGAGGAAUGGAGUCUAUUAGAUGAUGUGAACUUUCAUUAUGAUGAUAUUGUUGUUCGUAGAGGGCAAUACUACGUUGUUGAUAGAUGGGGCACCAUUUUCUGGAUCGAUUCUUCAUUGAAGUUGAUACAGUAUUCACCUCCAUUGUAUGGUUGUGGGGGGCGAAAAUAUUUGUUGGAAUCAGAAGGGAGUCUCCAUGUGGUUGAUGGGUACUUGGAUGGAGGAAGGUUGAAUUGGAAAGAUUAUGAGAACCGAAUCAGUAUGUUAAUGCGUCAGAGAGGUAGUGGAUCUGUGUUGGGUAGGCCUAGAAGACAUCACAAGGUUGAGCCUAAGGCAGUUGGUUUCAGGGUUCAUAAGCUGGAUGAAGAGUGGGGAGAAUGGGUUGAUGUGAAGUCUCUGAUUCAGCAUGUGUUUGUUUUGGGUUACUUUUGCAGUUUCUCUGUUUCUACAGCAGAGUUUUCUGGGUGUCGAGGGAAUUGCAUUUACUUCGCAGAUGGAACUGAAACAUAUGGGGCUCCUACUUCAUGUUUGUUCAAGUUGGAGGAUCGUAGCAUUGGAACAUUGGGAUCUUUGCCCGAGUAUUCUCGAAUUUUCUGGCUUGGAUGCUAAUAGGUAAGUGUGAAUCUGAAUUGAGCUUUUACCAUGCGUCUUUGUAUAAUUGUGAACAUAUAAGAAGAAGAAGAAGAAGAAGAAGAAGUUGUUGUGUUAACCAAGCAUGAAUUGGUGUGGUGUUUAUCUAUCUCUUACCCAAUGUGUAUAGAAAUGCAUAUGUAAAUUUAUGGAUCAUAUUUCACAAUGUAACGUUUGUUUGGAUAA